AUGGUAAUUCAGAGCAAAAUUAAUAAAUGAAAUGUAUUAUGUUACAAGUAAAGAUUAAGAGUUCAUAUUUAAAUAAGGUGAUAAAGCAACAUUAUUUUUCAUAAUUGGUAGAUUUGAUAAUUUAUUCAUUAAGAAAGAGGCUAAUGUUAGAUAAUAAUAAAUGAAGAUAAAAAGAAAGUAUUAAAACCAUCUGAAUUUUUUGGAGAAUUAGCUUUAAUGUAUCAUGCUCCUCGUUCUGCUACUGUAAUAGCAAUUGGAGAUUGUGGAUUUUGGGUUUUAGAAAGGAAUAAAUUUAGAAGGGCUGUUGAGGAUAUAUAAUAAAAAGCAUAUGAAAUAAAUAGAGAAUUUCUGAUCUAAGUAAAAUUUUUUGGUAAAAUUAUUAAGUCAUUAUAGAUUUCAUGACAGAAGAAUAAAGAGAUAGUAUUGCUAAUGUCUUAAUCACAUUAAAAUUUAAGUAAGGAGAAUCAAUAGUAAAUGAGGGUGAUAUGGCAAAUUCAUUUUAUAUCAUUUAGAAAGGAACUGUAUAAGUAACUAAAGAAGGAAAAUUCUUAAGAUAUAUGAAUUAAGGAGAUUCUUUUGGUGAAUAAGCUCUAUUUGGUAAUUGUUUAAGAGGAGCAACUGUAAAGGCUCAUGAUUCAGAUGUUAAUUUAUUAUCUUUGAGUAGAGAAGAUAUUACAACUAUAUUGGGAGAAAAGAUUCAGGUACAGUAUAUGUAUUAUUUAGUCACAUAGUUAAUCAUUUACACUAAUAUGCAGAAAUGGGCAUUUGAAAAACAUCCAUAAUUAAGAGAUUUAACAAAAAUGUAAAUCUAAAAGAUUGUUUCAAAUUUUAAGAUUAAAAAUUAUGAGAGUAAUGAUUACAUAUUCAAAAUUAAUUAAUUGGUAGAUAAAUUAAUUAUCAUUCUUGAUGGAUAAUUAGAAUUUGAAGGUUAAUUAUAUAAUAAUGGUUAAUUAUUUGGAGAUAAAUAUUUAUAAAUGGAUGAAUAAUAAAGAAAAAUCAAUAAUGAUAUCAAAACUACUAGAAAAACUACAUUAUCAGAACUUUCAUAUAAUUAGUUUUUUGAAUGUAUAGGAGGUGAAUUAGAAAUUGUUGUUAAGAAAAAUAAGGAUCGUGUUUGUGGUUCACCAUGUUCUUUGGAAAAAAAACAAAAAAGCAAUUAUUCCUUACUUACUUUAGAAGAUUUAAUUGGUUUAAAGUUAUUAGGGGAAGGAACCUUUGGAAAUGCUUAUUUAGUUAAAGAUAUUCCAUAAUAAAAUAUGCAUGUUAUGAAAUGUGUACCUAAAGUCAAUAUUAUUGCUAAUAAUACAGAAAGACACAUUAAAAAUGAAAAAUAAGUUUUAGAAUUACUUAAUCAUCCAAAUUUAGUGUUAUUUCGUAGAUCAUUUAAAGAUUAGAAUUAUAUAUAUUUAUUAACAGAGUAUAUUUAGGGAAAAGAAUUAUUUCAUGUUAUCAGAGAAAUUGGAUUAUUGAAUUCUUAUGAAACCUAGUUUUAUAUUGCUUAAAUAAUAAAUAUCUUAGAGAAAAUGCAUUCUUAACAUAUUAUAUAUAGAGAUGUCAAACCUGAAAAUUUUAUUGUUAGAGAAAAUGGUUAUAUCAAAUUGAUUGAUAUGGGUACAGCCAAAGUUUUAAAGUCAAAGGCUUCUAAAACUUAUACAGUUGUUGGUACUCCACAUUAUAUGUCUCCUGAUAUAUUGAAAGGUAAGGGUUAUAGUUUCUCAACAGAUCUAUGGUCAUUAGGAAUAUGUUUCUAUGAAUUAAUGUGUGGAGAAGUACCAUUUGCUGGUGAUGAAGAAGAUGAUCCGUAUUAUAUUUAUUUAUUUAGAUUUAUAAUAGAGGAAGCUAUUUUAAAUGGGAAAUUGGAGUAUCCCUAAAUUUUAAAAGAUUUCAAAGCUAUCAAAUUAAUGGAUUAAUUAAUGAAUCGAACACCAGAAUUAAGAUUAGGAGGGUCUUAUGAUGCCUUAAAAGUGCAUCCUUGGUUUGAUGGUUUUUAAUGGGUAAUCCUCUAUUAUUAUUAUUAUAAUUUAAGGAAGAUUUAGAAGCUAUGCAGAUUAAACCACCUUAUAUUCCAAAAUUAUAAUAAAUGAUUUAUGAAAACAUACCUUUUCUAGACAUGAUUAAAAGAGAUACUAAUCCAGAGAUGAUUUGUACAUAAUAGGUAGAUUGGGAUUAAGACUUUUGA